CCAGCUACUAGAAAGUGAGGCAUGCAAGCCUGACUUUCUUUUCUCACUCCUGACAGUGGGAAUCCCAGUGGGGCUAUCAUUUUUUGGUGUCCUUUUUGGACUUGGUGCCGUUGCCUUUGCAAGCUGUGGUGUUGCGUUUGCAUCCGUCAUUUGGUUCUAUGGACUACAUGUGGAUGACAGUGAGUUCUUCUACUGUCUGGUGGGCUGUACUCUUCUGUAUGCAUUGGGAUUCUACCUCUACGCUAGCCAAGUUGGAGGACACCAUCCCUUUUGGGGAUACCACGAAUGGAUGCAUUUGAUUGACACAAUUGGCCUUCUUGUCAACACUCGAGCGGUCUUUGUGUUGAGUUCCUACACAGAUGAAAUCUGCAGUGCAGGAAGCACUGUUGCGGACUCAGUUGUACAAUCAGGUCUGUUGUCUGAUUUGUCUUGGUUGAGUAUUCAAUGAGCGAGCUAUUGAUUGCCAUACAUCAAAAGGUCGGCAACGCGCUUUCUUUGAACUCCAAAACAAGCCACUAUGCCUGUGGUCUGCAAGAAUGGAAUAGAGAUCACCAGAGAACCCAAGUAUUUGCUGAUGAUGAGAGGAGGAAAGCUUCCCAUAGCCAUGGCUAAAGCUUUCACAAAACCAUCUCCCGAUCCCAGCAACUACUCUCAGUGAUCGUGUAAAUAACAUGUUCGUAAUGUUAGAAUGAACUUUACCGAAAUGAACUUUAUCACAACAAAAGGAUACGACGAAUACUCUAGCUAGCUAGUUGAUGUUCGAUUUGCGAAGGUAUCGCCUUGAUGGCAAUCUUCGGGGUCCCAAUGUCGUCCACAAUCCAUCAUUUAGCGGCUCUGUAGAACCAGGAAGGGUUUCGUGUCAACGCACAGCCGCCUUAUCUCGACUGUUCCUGAGCUAUCGGCACCGUAGCCAGGGCUUGUCUUUAUCUUGCCUGAAACCUGAACCAUGCCGGUUCUCUGUUGGUUCACAUUGUGCGGAGUGCGGAGAUGGGUCCCCUGGUACGAUCACUGAGUACUGGGUUCCGUUUGCAUAAGUCCGAUGGCAGACUGAUAAAGCUUUGAAUGUGAGAAGUAUUAUCAUCCGGUAUUGAGAGCUUGCGGAGGUUCGGCCCCUCACGCAACGUCACACCUCUUGCAUCUUUUCUUUCGGUGAUGAUGGUCGUGACAUACAAACAAUCCACAUCAAGCAGGAAAGAACCGAAAGAUACCCUCAAACACAACAGAAUUCUCAAAUCAGGCAGAGAUCCCUGAACACAGCAGAAUUCUCAAAUCAGUCAAAGAAGCAUUCGAAAUAAUAAUCUGUCCAAAAAGACGCAAAGGAACCAAAAAGAGCAAAGCCAUGUCGAACGGAGUCAUCACUAUUGAUAACUACAUUGGCGGCAGUUUCGUCGCUCCAGGUGCCAACUAUUUGGACGUUGUGGACCCGUCUGUCCCCGGCAAGGUCAUUGCCAAGUGUGGAAUCUCGACUGCCAAGGAUGUGGAUAUUGCCGUCGAGGCAGCCAAGAAGGCUCUUCCUGCUUGGUCGAAAAUGACCAUCAAGGCACGGGCGGCCAUCAUGAUGAAAUUCCACUCCAUUAUCCAGCGAGAAGCCGAAGAUUUGGCACGUAUGAUUGUGUUGGAGAACGGCAAAAAUUUUACUGAAGCCAUGGCGGAAGUGGCCAAGGCGAACGAGACAGUGGAAUAUGCUUGUUCCUUGCCUCAGCUAGCCGAGGGAAAGACUCUGAGGGUUUCUAGUCAAGUAACCUGUGAAGACAGGCGUCUGCCCUUGGGGGUUGUGGCAAGCAUUGUGCCGUUCAAUUUUCCUCUAAUGGUUCCCAUGUGGACUCUGCCUAUUGCAUUGGUAAUGGGAAACACGGUAAUUUGCAAACCUUCCGAAAAGGUCCCCAUGACAUUGCGUCGCGUCGCCGAAUUGGCACAAGAGGCUGGAUUCCCCGCGGGUGUGUUCAACUUGGUCAAUGGAGUCAAGGAAUCGGUCGAAGCAUUGAUUGAUCAUCCCGAUGUCAAAGCCGUCACCUUUGUCGGAUCCAGUCCCGUGGCAGAAAUUGUCAGCACACGAUGUCGCAAAUUGCACAAACGGUGUACGUCCUUAGGAGGGGCCAAGAACCAUUUGAUUGCCUUGGAAGAUUGUGAACCAUCCAGCGCAGCCUCGGAUAUUUGUGUCAGUUUUGCCGGAUGUGCCGGACAACGUUGCAUGGCUGCGUCGGUCUUGCUCUUGGUGGGUGGUGAAGUCCAGGAGGGACUUUUGGCCAAGGUCGUCGAGUUGGCCUCCAAAAUUGAGCCAGGAAGCAAACCUGGUCAGAUGGGUCCAGUCAUUGACGAAGCAUCAUACAAAAAGAUUAUUGGUUACGUUACUGACGCCGAAAAAUGUGGCGCUGAAAUCAUCUUGGAUGGAAGGCCCUGGAACAAGAAGGAGGGCUGCAAAGGAAACUGGAUCGGCCCAACGAUUAUCAAACACAAGCAAUCAUCUGACAAAACCAUGAAGGAGGAAGUCUUUGGUCCCGUCCUUUCUGUCUACUCGGUGAGUUCCUGGGAAGAAGCCAUUGCCAUCGAAAAUGCCAAUCCCUUUGGAAAUGCGGCCUGCAUUUACACAACAAAUGGGGGGAAUGCGGAAUGGUUUUUGGAACGUUUCCGAGCGGCAAUGCUCGGAGUCAACAUUGGCAUCCCCGUGCCACGAGAACCCUUCAGCUUUGGUGGGUUGUACGGCACCAAGAGCAAAUACGGUGACAUGGACAUUACAGGCGAUGCUGCAAUCGAGUUCUUUUCCAAUCGAAUCAAAGUGACCAGCAAAUGGCCCAUAACUCAGAGUCGCAAGAGAUCCAGUGAAGCUGUGGCCGGUUCGACAAAGGAUCACGCGAACUUUGCAGGCAGCAUGUAGACAGAUGGGUGAACAAUCAAUGAAAGAACGAAUAAGCUAGCUACACAUUCCGUAGAU